AUGGCCCCCAAGAGGAGUGCGGGGGUGCCGCAGCAGGACACAGUCGUGCUUUCCAGGAGUGGUGGAACCCCACCCACUAUUUCCAACCUUGUUGGUGCCGCAAGGCCUGUGCGACUCCUGGGCUGCACUGGGCUUUGGUGGUGGGGUGCCAUCAGUUGGGGUGCCCUGAGACACUGGGCAUGGAGCCAUAGGGGUGUGCUGCCCCCUGACCCUUGGCCUGCUGCCCCAGGUGAGGCCGGUGCCAACAUCAUCGAGGUGUCUAAGGAGGCCCGGAAGCGGUUCCUGGGCCCGCUGCACCCCUCCUUCAACUUAGUGAAGACCAUCCGAGGCUGCCUGAUGAAGACCCUGCCUGCUGACAGCCAUGAGCGCGCCAGCGGGCGCCUGGGCAUCUCCCUGACCCGCGUCUCGGACGGCGAGAAUGUCAUUAUAUACCACUUCAACUCCAAAGAUGAGCUUAUCCAGGCCAAUGUCUGCAGCACCUUCAUCCCCGUGUACUGUGGUCUCAUCCCACCCACCCUCCAGGGUGUGCGCUAUGUGGAUGGUGGCAUCUCAGACAACCUGCCGCUCUACGAGCUCAAGAAUACAAUCACAGUGUCCCCCUUCUCGGGCGAGAGUGAUAUCUGCCCGCAGGACAGCUCCACCAACAUCCACGAGCUCCGGGUGACCAACACUAGCAUCCAGUUCAACCUGCGCAACCUUUACCGCCUCUCCAAGGCCCUGUUCCCGCCCGAGCCCAUGGUGCUGCGGGAGAUGUGUAAGCAGGGCUACAGGGAUGGCCUGCGCUUCCUGCGAAGGAAUGGCCUCCUGGACAGGCCCAACCCCCUGCUGGCACUGCCCUCUGCCAAGCCCCCUACCCACCAGGAAGAGGAGGAAGCUGUGAUGGCUGUGGAGAGGGCUCGAGUGGAAGAUCACAUCCUGGAUCAUCUGCCUGCUCGGCUCAAUGAGGCCCUGCUGGAGGCCUGUGUGGAGCCCAAGGACCUGCUGACCACACUGUCCAACAUGCUGCCGGUGCGGCUGGCCACGGCUAUGAUGAUGCCCUACACUCUGCCCCUGGAGAGCGCUGUGUCCUUCACUAUCCGCUUGCUGGAGUGGCUGCCCGACGUCCCCGAGGACAUCCGGUGGAUGAAGGAGCAGACGGGCAGCAUCUGCCAGUACCUGGUGAUGCGCGCCAAGAGGAAGCUGGGCAGCCACCUGCCCUCCAGGUGA